AUGCCCACCAUCAACACCUCACCUCUUUCCCCAUCCCAAUGGCGCCUCUUUUGGAAACUACCUAUUCUCCUUCAAUCCCGAACUGUAUGGUAUAGACUUAUCCAUAGAAAAAUUCCCUCCAAAUCGACCCUCCACCGCUUCAUCCCCACAACUCACCCUUCACCUUCGUGUCCUCUCUGUUUGACCCAGAGCCCGGAGGAUAUCCAACAUUUCUUCUUUACUUGUCCUCUCAAACUCGCUGUAUGGCGGUUCCUUGCCACUACAUACCUAUCCCACACACCGAUGACCGACGACGUCCUUCUCCCAUUCCUCCACGGCAUUCAAACUCUAUCCAUAGCUGAACCCACUCGCUCUGCCUCCUUACCUUUUCCAGAGCUUACCGUUUACCAAGUUUUCGCUACCAGUCUACUCUGUAUAUGGCAAGCCCACUGGCACUCCAUCUUCGACCAUGUCCCUUUUGUCACCCUCAACGUUAACACAUCUAUUGCCCGUUCUCUGUCUCGAUUGGAAUCGGAAUUACAGUUUGAUUUGUAA